AUGGACCCCCUCAAGGCGCAGCAGUUGGCAGCCGAGCUGGAGGUGGAAAUGAUGGCCGACAUGUACAACAGCUCCUAUAACCCAUGUGUUCCUGUAAUCUCCAGCUUCUACAUCACUGCAAGUUCUCUGCACUCUUCUACUUUUGAUCUCUUGACUCUGCUGAAGAUUUCCAGAGGUGAAGCUAUGAAGGAACCUUUGCCUAAUGAUGAGAGCAGCAGGAGUCAGAGCUACAAAUCGGAGCCCAACCUGGAGUCAGAUGCAUGCCGUUCACCAACCAUCUAUAAGAGCUUCCAGUUUGAGCCUGUUUCCAAUGGCUCGCGCUCGUCCAGUCUGAAGUCAGCUCAUGGUGGAGGCUUUGAGAUGAGCCAUCUACAGUCCAUUCGCUCUGAGGCAACCACCUCUACCUCUUAUAAGAGCUUGGCCAACCAGACCCGUAAUGGAAGCAUGUCCUAUGACAGCUUGGCCACCCCCUCAGGUAGCCCAGAAGCAGAGUCACCCUGCCCAGUGCCAGGUCCUGAGCCAACGGGCUACCAUUCACCCUUUAUGUCAGCCAAGAUUACUCAGCAAAGGGAGGCGGACCUCCACCGCUACCCGCUAGCUCCUGGUGCAUAUGGAGCCCCUUCCCACUGCCCCAGGGACCCUCCAGCUAUCUCUUCCGACAGCCGGUCACGACAGGAGCGGGAAAAACUGCUGCGAACAGAGGAGACGCCCGCUGUCACUGCCCACCAUCACCAUCACCAGCAUCAUACCCGGAUCAGUAUGUCCUCUGAUGACACCAGGCGCUCACCUGGCCUUAAAAGUCCAACCCAGCGAACCACGCCUCCACUAGUCUCUUCGACCUCUUCCUCCUCCUCUUCUCAGUCUGGUGGAGCCCCUGGUCAACCUACACGUUUCUCCAGGGUCUCUGAGGGUGGUGCACACACCCCCAGAGUGCGCUCCAUGUGCUCACCUGAGGCUCCCCCCUCCUCUUCUGCCAUGGGCAAGUCAACAUCCUAUGUGGUUGCACGGCCUCCUUAUGGAGCUGCAUUGGACACCAGUGAAGUACUGGCAACAACGCACCCAUUAUUGGCUCCCAAAGACGAGGUGAGGAUGAAGGGUUCCCACAGCAAAAGCAAUGGACAGCCCAAAAGUCUGAGUAAGGCAGAUUCGCGGCAGACCUCACCACCACCUUGCCCUGGGGCUGCCAGUGGAGCACCCCUGAGCCCCAGUAAAGGUGUGAAAAAAGUCUCAGGAGUUGGAGGGACCACCUAUGAAAUCUCUGUGUGAGACCAAGCAAGACAGAGAGAGAGAGAAACUGAGUCACCUCACAAAAGACUCUUCUACACAGCCAGCAGGGACUGCAUCUCAAGUUGACAAGACUUAAUUCCUUUGGGAUCUGAAAGGAGAGUGUAAGGAGAGGAGAACUGAACACUGGCGAGCUCUCCUGAUCCUCUUCCAUGAUCCAGUUAAAUGCGGUGGGAAUCCUUCUAUGCGCAAAUCCGAAUUUUAGCCAAUCGUAAAUUUGAAGGAGAGAAAGGAGAGAGAAAGAAACAUCCCCCCGCCACCCUGGCCUACAGCCCGCACACAUGCAGAGGAGAGCCAUGAGAGGGAUGCAAAUGUGUGACAGGGUCUACCGGGAGUCAGUGGGUGGUGGGAAAUACCUGAGUGGGACAAGGGGAUGAAGAGAGAUUUGCAGCUUCCUCUCCAGACCGAGGAGUUAAGAGCUUGCAUUGUUUUAUUUUAAUUCUGUUUAAUGUUCCACCCAACCUCACUCCUUUUCUCUCUUUCCCUUUCUGUCUCUCUCUCUCUCUCUCUCUCUCACUCUUUCUCUCAUGCAAGUUUGAGAGUUUGAUCACUGAGGAGCCGACAUUGUGCAAUCAAACGGGGGGGGGGUGGGGUGAAGGUGUUUGGAGGACGGAAGCCUAAUGGAAGAAAGCAAAGACUUUUGAAAAACAAAAGGAAUUUUUUAUAUAUAUAAAUAUAUAUAUAUAUAAUUAAAGGGAUUAUUUACUCUCUAUCCUUCCAAUGGUGGAAAGGCUCAAACUAUUAACACACUCCCUGGCAAUGGGAGGAAGCAGCGGUAGGAUGUUAUGAGCUGCUAGAAAAGAGGAGAAGGACAUGGGGAGGGAGAGAAGGUGAUAUUUCACAGACUGUUGUCUCCCUCGUACUGCUUAUCCUGCUCACUUUACUCUGACUGCUCACAUUGCACCCCUUUUGUUUUAAACCACCUUACCCCACCUCCCAGAAGCCCACUUUGGUGGACAUGCCCUGUACCAGCCUCACCUAUACUCUCUGUCCUGGUCAGAUUUCCAAAUCCUCGCAGCACUGGGAGUUUUCUGAAGGGGGCGUGAGGUAUGUGGGUGUGGAAACAUCUUGAUCUGAAUAUAAUAUUUUCAAAAUAAGCUAUUAAAUAGAAAAGGAAAAUUAGUGGAUUUUGCCUGAAGACAGUGUGGGAAUCUUAAACUUCUGAGUCAUUGACUCUGAGCCGACUUCUCACCAUCCCCUUCCACAAUGUGCUUCUGCUGCUUGACGUCCAGUUCCUUGCCUCUUGUUGCAUCUCACUAAGUAACAAGCCAGACAGGAGGCCCGGGCAAGAACAUAAUUGUUUACCAGAUGUUUAAGGAGCCACCACUACCAAUGCUGUUUCCCACAAAACCAAGUUUGUGCUAAGCCAAUUGAGUAGAAUUCCUUUCUGUGUGUUGUCAGAGAGGAUGAUUCUCGUGUUUCCUGGUAUUCCUUGCUGUAGUGGUGAGGCAUUGCCUUGAACUGCUACAACUGCGUAUGACAAAGCUGACCUAUGACAGUGAAGGGAAUGAUAAUUAUCAUUCUGAGUGAGGGUGGUAUGUGACUUGGAUGAAGUCAUAAGACCAUUUUUUUAAAAAAAAGGACCAAGAGUUAGCUGUUCAGUCCCUCAAGCCUGCAGCACCAUUCAGUUGAGUCAUGGCUAAUCUGACAUUUCUCAGUCCACUUUCUUGUGUUUUCCCCAUAACCCUUGAUUCCCCAACUGAUGAAGAAUAAAUCUCAGCCUUAAUUAUACACAAGGAUUCUGCCUCUAUUGCCCUUUGUGUAGCAAAGAUUCUUGAUGCGCUCAGAAAAAAUUCCUGGUCAUCUUAAUCUUUGCUGCCUUUUUAUUCAGAGGCUAUGUCCUCUGGUUGUAAACUUCCCAAAAAGGAAAUGUCCUCAUGGCAUUUAUCCUGUCGAAUCUUUUAACCAUUGCAUAUGAUUCAGUGACUUGGAGGGAAGCUUCCUGUGCAUUUGUUGCCCUUCCGCUUCUAUUUGGUACAAGUUGUAGGUUUGGUGUCCAAGGAGCCUUGGGGAAUUUCUGAAAGAUUGCUGCUUCUGAGUGUUGGUAGUAGAGGGAGUAAAUACUGAAGGUGAUGGAGAGAGUGCCUGUAUUGUGGACUCCUUUGUCCUGGAUGGUGUCAAGUAUCUUGAAUGGUAUUGGAACUGCCCCCAUCCAGGAAAGUGGGGGAUUAUUCCAAUCCACUCGUGACUUGUACCUGUUGGAUAAAUGUUGGGAAGUCACAAGGUGAUUUGUUUACUGCUGGAUUCCUAGCUUCUGAUCUGCUUUUGUAGCCACAUAUUUAUAGGGCAAGUCAAGUUCUGUUUCUGAUCAAUGGUAAUCCCCAGGCUGUGGGUAGUGGGAGGAUUCAGCAGUUGUAAGAUUGAAUGUCAGGGGGUGAUAGAUUCUCUCUGCUUUUUGUGUGGUGUGACUGUUAUCAGCCCAAGCCUGGAGUUUGUUCAGGAGUUGCUGCAUUUGUACACAGACACUUCAGUAUAUGAGGAGUCAUGAAUGGUGCUGAUUAUUGUGCAACUGUCAGUGAACAUGGAGGGAAGGUGAUGAAGUAGCUGAGUUUGGUUGGUCUGAGGAACUCUGGCAGAAAUGUCCUGGUGCUGAGACGACUGGCCUCUGUCUUCCUGUGUGUCUGCCAGGUAUCACUGCAGCCAGUAGUUGCAAGGUGAUGUCAGAAGAGCCUCGGCAAUUUGCAAUACAUCUUGUGAAGUUCCAGUGAAUCUGUUGCACAGAGAGCCCACUGGCGAGCCCUUCUAUUGCUGAAGUAAUUAAAGUAUGGAGUCAAGCGAUAGGAUGUGGAUUUCCUUAGGGAGUGGAAAGCUUUUGGAGGUCUAACAUACAGAUUGAGACUGGAAUUCUGAUCUGCAAGGCUAGGAGUUAGGUGCAGUCAGAGACUCCUGGAUUACGAGCCAGGAAGAGCAGGAUUGGGAGUGUCAUGUGGCAGUGCCAACAUGCCAGGUGGGAAUAUUGAUCCUGACUCUAAUACCAGUUUAUAUUUAGGGAUAGGAAUACCCAGAGCAUUUUGAGCUGAACGAUCAAUCUGAUAUUCUUGUUCUUCAUGAUGAAGCACACAAUCGGGUAAUACUUAGUUCAGAAGAUCAUCAAUUUCUGACUAAUGAAAGAUUAAAAAAAAUUCUUCCACUUGGAAAUGUCUAUUUUUCCUGGACCGUCUUUCUGAUGACACUGCAAAUUGCAGUUUCUCUGUACAAGUGCAUUUCUGAGCUUCCAUUGAGUGUUGCUCUAAUGAUAAACUGAGAUUAUCCCUCCACUGCACUAUCCAAAACUGAAAUGUUAUAAUGGAGCAGGACAGUGUAAAAACAUGAUUUGCUGUCUGACUGCAUAUUUAUAAAUACACCCAUUAACCAAUUUUUCCCUUCUAUGAAAACCCUAACAUACCACCAACAGACACACCCCUUUUGAAUCUUCUCCCCUGCCAUAUGCUGUCUCACAAGAGUAUUUUACUAACAGCACUCAUACUCGUGUAUCAGUCUCCCUUCUACUGUCAACUCCAUGACACACACACACACACACACACACACACACACACACUCCUCUACCAGUCUGCCCUCUGCUGUAAACUCCAUCAGCUACACACUUCUUUAACCUACCAUCCCUUUAUGAAUCUUCUCUAUUGCCAUACGCUCUGACUGUUUUACCAAUAUACUCCUGUACUAAUCUCCUACAGAACUCCAUCUCUCACUCACUCCUUUGUCAGUCUUCCCUCAGCUGUACGCUUCAACCCCAUAUAUUUUCCCCUCUGCUAUAUUUUUAAAACACAUUCUUUUUACCUGUCUCCUUUCUAAUGUAAACUCCAGCUGCGUGUGCACACAUAAACACUGCUUAACCAAUAUCCCCUCUGUAUUUUUCAUCACACACAUACAUUCCUUUAUCAAGCUCCCUGCUGCCAUAAACUCCUUUCUUUAUUCUUUCACAUAGUAAGGGCAUGGCUGGCUAUGCCAUCAUUUAUUGCCCAUAGCACAGCUAAGCAUCAAAUGUAUUGCUGUGGGUCUGGAAUCAUCUGUAGUCAGACCAGGUAAGGAUGGCAAUUACUCCCUAAAGGGCAUAAGAUGGGUUUUUCCAACAAUUCCAGUAGUUUCUUGGACAUCAUCAGACUCUUAAUUCCAGAUCCUUAUUGAAUUCAAAUUCCACCAUCUGUAGAGAUGGGAUUCUGCCCUGAGUUCACAGAACAUUAUACAAAUCUCCAGAUUAACAGUCCAGUGAUAAUGCCACUUGGCUAUCAUCUCCCCAAGAUGGAUAUUGAUCACUCCUUUACCAAUCUCCCCUCUCCUGUGCACUCCGCACAUUCUUUUCCCAACUUCAUACCUGCUGUAUGUGCUGUACUUGCACAGUGCUCACUAAGCUUUUAAUUUUCCAUCUGCUGGGUUCAAUCUGUCUUUGCAAAUUUCUUUCAGUAUCAGUGUUCUCUUUGUUUCAUCUUCUUUAACUGACACAUGCCAUUAAGAGUUUCCUCAUACUAAAUCUGUGCAUCCCUACCCUUGGCAAUCUUACAGUCCUGGAGAGGAAUCUCUCAAGCUGUCAACAUGUGCUGUCCCCUUUUGACAACUUCUUCUGUCUCCGUGCUCUCUCGUGGCACACUGGCCACACGCACUAGAUGUCAAUCUGCCUUGUCUCCCCAUGGUCCUUCCUCUUUCCUGGUGAACAUAAGGACUGUACAACUCUCAAGGGAUAGAAAUGUUUUAUUUUAUUGCACUGCUUUGGUAUAGACUGACCAAACAACUCUGUAUACUUUGACUAUUUCACACUUGUCACAGGGACUGUGAAGCUUGUACAUUCAAGGGAAUUGGAGUGAGCAGCAUUCAUAGAUUAAAGUGCAGUUACAGGUACAGACUGCAAACAGCAGCAGUUACACACCUCUUCAGCUAGAGGGGUGUAGAGACAUGUGAAACACCGUCCAAAGGCACUUGGGAAUUGAGUAAAGCUUGGAUCUGUUUAUAA